UCCUCUUCCAACACCUGUUGGAAGGCGGAAACAACGGACUGAAACAACGAGAGAAGCAUUCAUUUUGUCAAAUUAUAAUCAAAAGAAAGAAACCAUUGAAUGUUUUUUUUUUUGGUAGCCUUGGAGCUUCCUAAAAUAACGUGGAUGCUUCACCAAGACAGUGUGCUUACAAGGGUCCUUUAUAACUCCGUUUGGACUAUAGACAUCCGCAAUCAGCAAACAUGAGCAGUUUCAAUUUUCAAACGUAAACAUCCGCCGAGCAGCUCAUGUCCAUGUGUGAGCAGCUACCGCACUAUGCUAGCUAUGUGUAACUCGUGUUUUUCUGUCCAAAACAGGUAAAUUAAAAUUCCCAGCUAGCGCUCAGUCAUAUUAGCAAUGGUGUUUGAAUAAUUUGUGUUCACGUUAACGUUUCUUCAAACGUGAAUGGGUUAGCACGCUAGCUAGCUCGGCUACCAAAGCUGUUUGUUUGUGCCAGAUUGGUAACAACAGAAUGAACAGUUAUCUGCUUUGGUCGUUUCGGAGCUCAAAUAAGAAGACGAAUGAUAUAUAGUCAAAUUUAGUGAACUACGUUGACACUACACACGAGCGUUUCCUUAUUAUGGGUCUUCUGAACUUUGUUUUCAGUUCAAUCGGGAAAUGCAUAGAUCUCAUUUGCCUUCUCCUGGAUUUAAAUUUCGUGAUUGUCAGCUCAUUAAUUCAGCUGUUGGUGGCACUGAUCUCUUUUGUCAAUAGUCUGCCCAUGCUACUCACAACUUCUGUGUUGGAGUGCUGGAAUCUCACUCUGCUUUGCAUCAUCACAAUGAGGGACGGCGUGACUGUUGUGACCCAUAACAUGGUUGGAGGCUGGAUGCAGUUGCUUGGAGGUGCUCUGGAGAGCUUCAAAAUGAUUGGAUACCUGUCUUCACAUUUAGUACUGCGCACCAAAGAGCUUAUGCACAGAGGACUGCUAUCAGGACAUGGUUUGCUGCGACAGGCCUGGGAGGGUUGUGGUAUUGUCUUCAGCCUGUUGCUGUAUUUCAUCAACACAAUCAUCAACCUGCUGCUCAUAGGCACACAAAACUUAUAUGCUUUAUUGGUCAGCACAGUGGAAGCAGUGUCCUGCCCUUUGCAGAAAGCUUUUGAGCUGACCCUGACUGUACUUACCUUCCUUUACAGCAGCCUUGUAGGCACCUCAGUACUUCUGUGGACGCCAUGCAGAUUGGCCAUGGAGUUUAUGGGUUCUGUGUGCCACAUCUUUGUUAGUGUUUUCCUGCGAAACUUGUACGGGCUGCUGCUGACCUUGGUGAUCAUUGCGGGUACCACUAUCUACCUAAACCCUGCACUCCCUCGACAAGCAGCUUUUAACAUAGCCAACUACAUCAACACCGUGCCCAUCCUGCGGCGACUCCGGAGGACUCUGCACCGCCUUUACAUGCUUGAGAGGAAUGUGUGGCAACGGCUGGCCUGGCAUCGCAGCCGAAUAGGCCUCUGGGUGGUUCCUGCGAGGAUAGAGGCCGGCAUGGUUGUGGACAGGGAGGUGAGAGAGCCAGAACCCAACCCAGAGCAGAGAGCGCCUCAAGCUGGCAUGGCUGGAGAAGACCAGGAGGUGGAGGAUGCACCGCAGGGCACCCAGCAGGUGGACGAUCCUCUAGACCUGGCACUCCCCGGCUCCAGCACUCAUAGGCCGCUACAGAAGUUUCCUUCUGAGGACGGUUGCAAAGGCCUGCCUACUGACAACCUAUUGACACUAUUACAAGAGCAAGAAGCGAGAAAGAAGUGUGUAAUCUGUCAGGACAGCACCAAGACUGUAGUGCUUCUGCCUUGCCGCCAUUUGUGCUUGUGUAGAGACUGCACAAACAUUCUGCUGAGCCAACCCAUCUACCAACACAACUGCCCUCUGUGUCGCCACAUGAUCCUGCAGACGAUGGACGUGUAUCUUUGAAAUGAAGUUUACUAAUCUGUUUUUGUCAUCCUCAGGUUUUUUGAGCAGCACUGUUCCUCUCUUGGGGAAACCACGCAUUCCCUUUACAUCUUUUAUGUCCAUUCCACUAAUGCCUUUUCAUCACUGUUGCUUGUAAAUAGUUUUGAAUCAUAUCUUUUUAUAAAUUCCAAAAAUAAUGGUGGUGGUUAGGCUGACACCUGUGACAGUGCUUUCAUAUAUUUUAUAUAUUCAUUGUCAUUUAUUUCCAUCAGCUUUUGUAGCAGUAACACUAUUUUUUUGUCAUACAGCAAUAUUAUGUGAAUGUAAGCUUUGUAUUUUAAAAAGAGACAUUAAAAAUAGGAUGUUGAUUGUGAAGAUGGAUGUUUUGCUAUAUUUUGGUCUGAGAUGUUGAGCAAACUUUUGUGGAGUGUUUGGGGAACAGUUGUAUACUACAAUACUAAAUCUGGGCCUUAUAGUAUGAAUUGUUGUCUACUUAAAGGAAUGUUUUGGGUUCAAAACAGGUUAAACUCAAUCGUCAACAUUUGUGGCAUAAUAUUGUUUAGCACAAAAGAUAAUUUCGGCUCGUCCCUUGUUUAUUAAAAUAAGGACAAGCAAAAAUAGUGGUUAUAGUAAGGCACUUACAAAGGUUAACAUAGUUUAAGUGUAAUAAAAUCACUUAUUAACAUUAUCUGUUUUAUCUGUUAUAUAUAAGUUUUAUCCAGUAUUCCAACUUUGUUAUAAUCUGGGAUGUAAUCUGGUAAAAGCCAUAAUGCCUGAAAAUCCCUUUUUUAUCACACUUCAAUCAUGUUAACACAUACAGUGUUUACAUCUUGUGGCUAUAAUUAUAAAACAGUGUGUAUUUUAAUUUUCUUAUGCUCUGGCCCUAUUCACUUCCAUUGUACACUCACUGAGCACUUUAUUAGGAACACCUGUACACCUACUUAUUCAUGCGAUUAUCUAAUCAGCCAAUCAUGUGGCAGCAGUAAAAUCAUGCAAAUACAGGUCAGGAGCUUCAGUAAAUGUUCACAUCAACCAUCAGAAUGGGGAAAAAAAUUUGAUCUCAGUGAUUUCGACCGUGGCAUUAUUGUUGGUGUCAGAUGGGCUGGUUUGAGUAUUUCUGUAACUGCUGAUCUCCUGAGAUUUUCAUGCACAACAGUCCCUAGAGUUUACUGAAAAUGGUGCCAAAAACAAAAAACAUCCAGUGAGCGUCAGUUCUGCGGAUGGAAACGCCUUGUUGAUGAGAGAGGUCAACAGAGAAUGGCCAAACUGGUUCAAGCUGACAGAAAAUCUACAGUCACUCAGAUAACCACUCUGUACAGUUGUGGUGAGAACAUUUAGUUUAGUAAUUUUAAAUUAAGGACCAGUUGAAAUAUUUCUGUCCUAAUCAAUAUUAUGCCACAAAUGAUGUCAAUUGAAAUAAACUUGUAUUGAACAUGGAACAUUCCUUUAAAUCUUGCCUGACUGUACAAAGUGAUCAAAGGUUUAAUGGGAACAUUUACUAUGUCAUAUUGAUUUGUUUUUAGUGUUGAAGAAAUCUGUGUAUGUUUUGCUUUGCUUACCUUGUAAUCAUUCCACCAAAGCUAUUUUGCACACUAUUCGAGUACAUAUAGGCAUCUAACUACUGUAUUUUCAGAAGCCAUUCUACAAUCGGAUGAUGUAUUAGCUAUUCAUACUUUUUUGUCAUUUAUUAUUGAACAGCAUUAAGGUUUUUUUAAAUGCUCUCUCACUGCUGAAAUGGUAUUGAUCAGUGCAUUUCAAAAUCGAAAUUUUGUGCAUAUUUUUUGUUUCAAGAGACGGUAAUUCAAUUCUGUUGUUGACUGAUCCCCACAUGAGUGCUGUUUUGUAAACAUCAGCGUGGCAAAAAGGCUUUUAGCCUAGCUUUAUUCAGUGUAUGUUGCAGUGUAUCUGGUUUAUAGCCUAUCUGUACAUUAGAGACACAAGGUAUAAUACUGGUUUAUCUUAUUCAGUCUUAUAUGAUAAUCUGUUUCAUGGUCAACCCAUAACUUUAAAUCAAAUUGCAUUCGAACAGGCACAAAGUGUAAGACAAUCAAGUAAAUUUAAGAGGACAAAUACAUUUGCAAGCUCCAUGCUGGUAUAUUCUUUCUCACUCUGUUAACCUUUUGAAGAGUUUAGUUGCCUUUUUACAAGAUUGGAUACAGUUCCAAAUUAUUUCUCAUUCACUCUCAGUUUGGGAUUUGGUUAAAGCAAAUGAUAAGCACUAACCCAUGGUUUAUUAUUCUGUUUUUGAAUAUGGUUUUUAAAUAAUCUGCAUUUUCGUUUUCACAUUUUAAUCCCCAAGCCUUUUUUGUAUUCUUGUACCACAGAUGUGUAUUUUAUACAAAGGUCUUUAUGAUAAUGUUUGUGGGUAGAGCAGAUGUCUGUAUCUCAUUUGAGGCCUGGUUAAUAUCAAAGCCACAUUCAGUGAGCAUUUAGUUGAACAAUAAACAGUAUUUGACUGUG